AUGCGCGAGUCAGCCAUCAAGCAGUGCCUGGACAUGGUCGGGAAGGUGGCGACCGACAAGAUGCAGCGCAUAGAGGCGGACUGCAAAGCAGUGGCGGCCCGGAGGGAGGUCCCAGACAACCAGCUGGCUUUUGACCGCCUGGCAGGCGAGUUGAAGGGCGUCGCGGCGCUGCGAGGGGCGGCUGUGGCUGCUGAUGUCAUCCGCGCGGAGCGCACAGCCGGGGUCGGUAUCGGCGGGAAGCUGACCCGCGCGGUGAAGAAGACGGGCGCCACCUGCGCCCGCACAUGCAGCAACAGCGCCGCCGCCCGCGGCGGCGCCGGCAGCAGCGGCGGCGGCAGCGGCGGCGGCGGCGGCGGCGGCCCGCGGAGCGCGGGAGGCGGGGCCCUCUAUUUGAACGGCAACGUCGCCGCGCGCAACGUGUCGCUCUCUGGCGUCCGCGCGACGCUGCUCGCCGUGGCGGGCGACGCGCGCGCCGGCGCGGCGUUCCUGCGGACCGGGCGGCCCGCGGGCGCCGGCCUGGACCCUCAGGCGACCGCCCAGAUGCUGCCCCGCGUGAAGGCAGGCAGCACUGUGGUGGACACAGAGUGCAAUUCAGGGUCGUACGCGGUUUUUUUCGCGGCCAAGGCCGGGCCGCGCGGCGCAGUCCACUGCUUCGAGCCGCAGCGCAAGCUGGCGCAGCUCGCGAAUGCAAACUCAAUCAUCAACGGCUUCGCGGGGACCAUGCGCGUGCACUCCCAAGCGCUGUCCUUUGCGGCCGGCAGUCUCAAGGCCUCAGACGGGCUUCUUGGCGGUGAUGAAGCCGAGGUCGGGGAGGAAGGCAGCCUCUUUGUGGCCAAGGGGGUUGAGGAGGUGCAGGCCGUCACCCUUGACUCAUUCAAGCUCAAGGACGUGUCACUCAUUAGGGUGCGGCUGCCAUGGCCGGCCGCGGUCGCGCCGGCUGCCGUCCGGCUGGAGGCAGCCAGCGGGCCGCGCGGCGGCCGCUCCAAGGCUGCGGGGUGGCGGACCACCAUCCGCGGCAGCCUGCCAUUUGUGGCGUAUGAGGAGCCGGAGGGCGGGCUGGCGCCGCCGCCGCGGCUGGCCAAGACCCUCGCAGUCCCGAAAAAGGCCGCCUCUCCAGCGGCCGAAGAGCGGGGCGGCGGCGAGGGCGGCCCCGCGGCGGGCGGGGGCGGCGGGGAGGGGGAUGGCGAUGACAAGGGUGGCGAGGGGGCUGGCAAAGAGGGCGGCCAACCAGGGGGAGGCGGUAAUACUGAGAAGGCCGAUGCGGGUGGGAAGCCGGGCGGCGGCGGCGCGGCAAAGGGAAGCGGCGGGGGCGACGGCGCGGCCGGGGAGGAGGGGGGCGGCGCAGGCGGGGCCGAGGAAAAAGGAAGCGGCGGCGGCGGCGGGGCGGAUGAGGAGGAGGGCGCGGCUGUCAAGGAGGGCGCCGGCGGCGCGUCGCCGGCCGGCAAAGCCGGCGGCGGCCCUGCGGCUGACAAGAAGGGCGACGGCGGCGGGGCCGAGGAGGAGACGAGCGACGCCGGCGGCGACGAGGAGGCCGACGGCGAAGCGUCGCCCGAGACCGGCGGGAAGGGCGGCGGCGCGCCGGCGGCGAAGAAGGGAGGCGCCGAGCCGGCAGCAGACUCGCAAGGCGGCGGGGCCGCCGGCAAGGAGGGUGGCGGCGGCGCGGCCGCGGAGGGGCCGGGGGCCGAGGGGGGCGCAGAGGAGGGUGAAGAGGAGGACGAGGGGGAGCCUGUCGAACCAGCCACGAAGACAAAGAGGCGGCGGUUGCAGGGCGGGCGGCUGUAG